AUGCAAGUAGUGUCUGUGGGACUACCUUCGUCUGCUGUGGCUCUGGUGCCAGGGACUGGGGUCAGACUGUCUAUUGAGAACGCCUUCAUCAGCAUGAAGGGAAAGUGGAGGGUCAAGUACCGCAGAAUAUUGAGGGACAGCGGUAGCUUUGAUCUGAGCGUGAAUGGACUGACGGUCAGUACAAGUGUCGCCGUCACAAGCGAUGAGACAGGGAGACCUCAAGUCAGUAACGCUGGCUGUGCGGCUAAUGUUGGAAGUGUCAAAGUCAAAUUCCACGGCGGAGCCAGCUGGCUGUACAAUCUUUUCAGAAGCUUCAUCAGCAAGGCUUUGAGUAAGUCGCUGGAAAAACAGAUCUGCCCCCGGGUUGCUGAUGCACUGUCUGACGUGAACCCUCGGUUGAAAACUCUCAACGUCUUAGCCCAGGUAGACAAGUAUGCAGAGAUCGAGUAUUCUAUGGUCUCUGCACCCACAGUCUUGAGCUCUCAUUUGGGUUUGAGCUUGAAGGGGGAAUUCUACAACAGAGAAAGUCAUCAGGAACCUCCAUUCUCCGCUCCCGCCUUUACUCUGCCAUUGCAGAACGACCACAUGUUGUACAUCGGUGUUUCUGCCUUCACCGCCAACUCGGCAGCUUUUGUCUAGAACACGGCCGGAGUCCUGAGCUUGUACAUUACGGAUGACAUGGUCCCUAAAAGCUCCCCAAUCAGGCUCUGAACCAGAACAUUUGGAGUUUUCAUCCCCCAGAUUGCCAAAGAGUUCCCGGGUUUGAUGAUGAAACUGCUGGUGAAGACGGUGAAAAAUGCCGUCAUCACUAUGGAAGCGAACAAAACGACUGUCCAGGCCAGCAGCACAGUGACGGCCUUCGCGAUCCAACCCAACAGCACACUCUCUCCGCUAUUUGUCCUCAACUUGGAUGCCAGUGUCAGUGCCCGACUGUUUGUCAAUGGCAUGGGGCUCGCUGGAGCUGUCACCUUGAACAAAAUAAUUCUGACCCUGGCGACAAGUUAUGUGGGAGACUUUCAGGUCAGAUCUCUUGACAACAUCCUGCAAAUCCUCCUGAAAUUUGUUGUAUUACCCAUAUUGAAUGUUCAACUUGGAAAGGGAUACCCUCUCCCCGCCCUUGGAAAGAUGAAGCUUGCCAACACUCAACUUCAUAUACUUAAGGACUAUUUGCUGAUCGGGACGGAUGUUCAAUUCACAGAGUAAUGAAACCUAAUCAUUUCUUCCUGCAUACCACAGAGAAUAUGUUACACCAAUUAUUUCGCAUUUUUAAAAGAACAGCUUCUACAUAUACAUAUUACAUUUGAGUCAGGUCUGAGUUUUCCCAUUUAUUCAUUCAUUUUGUCACAGGUGAGCUGGAGCCUAUCCCAGGACGCGUUGACACAUUUAGAGGUGCUGAUUAAGCUGACGUGCAUGCUUUGGAAUUGCUGUAGAAAAGCGGUAUGCUCAGAGUAAAAGAACAGCGAGCACAUGCAAACUCCAUAUACAGAAUUGAACUCUGGCUCAAGGGCAGCUACAUGAACGUUGUGAUUUAUCUUCAACACUGUUGCAAUAAUUGUGUGAUCAAACAAGAGAGAGAGAGUGAAGAAGAAGGUUGUGAAUCUGCAGAUGCAAUACUAUUUGGUCUUUUAAUAGCUUUAUAAAUUCCAACACAUAAAUACUGUGUGUUACUCAAAGGAAUACAAAUUCACAAACAAAUCUAACUAGAAUACAAUGAAGUCAGCAUGGUUUACAGUGUGUUAUGCUUACAUAUUUUCACUGUGUAUUAACACAAACACAGUGCUAAAUUAUCUUUUCGACAGGGUAAUUUAUUUGAAUAGAUUGACUCCUAACCUGUCAGUAGUGCUGCUUGUGGUCAUGUGGCAAUCAUGGUUGGUUCCGUGGCCAAAUGGGCAUCACGUUGUUGCCUGGGCAGAGGUUGUGACUGCAUCAUUAGGGAGCUGUGACGCAAGGCUUGACCUCUCAAGCUCUGUGAGCUGGAUGACAUUAUCUACAUGGAAAGAAAAGGGCGAAGUUAUUCAUUGAUAAUGCUCUUUUUGCUGUUCAAUUCCUAAAUUGCUGUGUGUCUUCUCUAACAAGACAAUCAUGUGAAAAUAUUUGAUUCUGGCAAUUGAAAUCCUGUAUGCUUAAAGGGGAACAUUAUCACAAUUUCAAAAGGGUUAAAAACAAUAAAAAUCAGUUCCCAGUGG